AUGCUAAUGCUGCUAAAAAGCCUCCGCCUAAACCGAGGACGAGGACAAGAAAGAAAUAGAAGCUUUCAAUGCUUAUAAAGGUGCUUUUCCUCUAUCUCAAAGGCCAAGCAUAUAAUAGUUAUUGCAAGUUAUUGAUGUCAACCUGUGGUUUGUAAGCUAGUCUCCCGGAAACCCGAAUUGUGCAAAAAUGUGUGUGUAUCGCAACGGAAACCGUGUGACUUGCGGCAGUUUUUCGAAAGAAGAGAGACUUUGGCGACUUCUUCCUUUUCAGAGACAGAGAGAAAAAAGGAAGGAAGGAAGGUUUUUUCCUUACCUUUUCUGCAAGGAGAAAGAGGCAGGGAGAUGGGUCCCCUCGUCUUGGCCGUCCUCGUGGCCACCACGGCGUCCUCCGGCGGAGCAGAUCUGGCCCUGGAAGGAGCCUGGAGGGGAUGGAAGGGCCUCCACCGCAAGGAAUACCUCCAGGAGGAAGAGUCCUUCCGCCGCUCCGUCUGGGAGAAGAACCUGCAGCGGAUCGCGCAGCACAACACAGAGGCUUCCCUGGGGAGACAUAGUUUCCACCUGGCCAUGAACCACUAUGGAGACUUGACGGACGAAGAGUUCAACCAGAGGCUCAAUGGCUUCUGUCCAGACCCGAUUCCAAGGGACGGCAAGGGAGUUGUGGUUUCCCAAGGGCUGUCUGUCCGGGAGGUUCCCAAAGAGGUGGACUGGCGCUCCAAAGGUUACGUCACACCAGUGAAAAACCAGGGCCAUUGCGGGGCGUGCUGGGCCUUCAGCGCCACGGGAGCCUUGGAGGGCCUGAUGUUCAACAAGACGGGGAAGCUGGUGUCGCUGAGCGAGCAGAACCUCAUCGAUUGCUCCACGAAAAUGGGGAACCACGGGUGCCGUGGAGGAUACAUCACCAAGGCCUUUGAGUACGUCCGGGAGAACGGAGGCAUCGACUCGGAGCAGGACUAUCCCUACUUGGAGCAGGAGGCAUCGGGAUGCCGCUACAACGCUCAGGCGCGGGUGGCCAACUGCAGUUCCUUGGUACGAAUCCAAUCCGGCAGCGAAGAGGCCCUGGAACACGCCGUGGCCACCGUGGGGCCCGUUUCCGUAGCCGUGGACGCCCAGAGCUUCUUUUUCCAUUUCUACAAAUCCGGAGUCUUUUCCAGCAGUUGGUGUGGCCAACGGGUGAACCAUGCCAUGUUGGCGGUCGGUUACGGCGUGAAUCAGGCCGGAGGAGCAAAUAUAGAUUACUGGAUUCUGAAGAACAGCUGGACGGAGAACUGGGGCGAAGGGGGCUACAUGCGAUUGGUCAAAGGAGCUGGCAAUCACUGUGGUGUGGCCAAUCAGGCCAGUUACCCCACCAUCUAAUGGGUGGAACCAAGAACUCAUUUUUUCCUGAACCUGAAACAACAUCUAUCUAUCUAUAUCUAUCUAUCUAUCUAUCUAUCUAUCUAUCUAUCUAUCUAUCUAUCAGAGCAUCGGAGAGCUUCUGUUCAACCAUUUCAAAGCUCUCUGCUUGAGCAGUGAUGGCACGAUUGUUAGCAUAGAUGAAACUCUCUGCACAACUCUCUGGGUCUAUCUAUCUAUCUGCUUAAAAAAUUGUGGCUGCUUGGAGAAAUGCAUCAGAAAUAAAGAUAUUGAGAAAGCCA